AUGCUAAGUAAACUAUACUUUUAUUUAAAUAAUAGGCAGCAGCAGCAGCAACAGCAGCAGCAGCAAGAGCAACAAGAACAAAAUAAUGUACAUUCGCCUGCGGCAUCACCUUCAUCAUCACCAUCACCAUCACCAUACUCGACGAUAUCAUCAACAGCAACAACACCACUCACAACAUCUGGUGAUACAUUGUUGAAGAGGAGUACUUUGACAUCGUCUUCAUCAUCUUCGUUCUCAAAGUCGACGUCUACACUGGCUAUUCGUGAUCGUGACAAUCCACCAAUCGAACAUAUAUUGAAGAUAUUGGUACUGGGUGGCAAUGGAGUUGGCAAGAGUAGUGUAAUAAGAAGGUAUCUUCAAGAUUGCUUCACUGUAUCACAUAUACCAACCAUCGGUACAGACUUGUCAACAUUGUUUUUGGAGUCAACUCAAUCAGUAUCGUCAUCCCCGAGCAACAACAUGACGACAACUUCGACAACGACUUCACCGACAAUGACACAACAGACAUUAACAACUACACAGUCAUCGACAUCAACGACACCUCUUACAAAGCAAUGGCAACCACAGAGUAAUAUAUUGGCCACUUGUUGUUUAGAUAUACAGUUCUUGGAUGUGGCACAUGCAGAGAUCAAUGGCAAGCAUUUGUCUUCAAUAUUACAUUCAGUGGCUGGCAUUAUACUUGUGUUGGACUUGACCAAUGCUGCCUCCAUUGUAUCAGUUGAUGAGUGGAAGAGUGUACUUCGUCAACGUCAUCUAGAUCAUCGCAUCCCAAUCGUCCUAUUUGCCAACAAACAAGAUGUCUCUGGUCCAGUACUUUCAAACUCUGACUUGGACAAUUAUUGUAAAGCAAGCGAGUAUUCAUUCUGGAAAGCAACAAGCUGUAGGAGAGAUGUUGGCAUAAGGGAUGGCAUUGAUGGACUGUUGGACAUUGUUGUGGAGAGGAAACAUCAAGAGUUGAAGGAGAAGAGUAGACUGCAACAGAUGGCGACAUUACAACAUAGUCCAAGUGUUGAUAUACCAAGCCAAUCAUCAGCAGGUAGUAAGAUGUUGGUAUCAAGUUCAUUGCCAACGAUCAAGUUAAACCUCACUGGCGCCAUGUCCACGCCAACCAAGAAGUCGACCAUCACAUCCACGAUAUCCACACCACCUCUAUCACAGCCAUCGCAAUCAUUCAAAGAUGUACAAACUGUUGUUGAUGAUACAACGGCGACCACCAACAAGACGACACAAUCAACAUCACAAACAUCACAACAAUCAUCAUCACAAACACAACCGAAGAAACAACAACAACAACAACAGGAGAAGUUAAAGAACAUCAUUCAACCAUCAGAUGUUAUGAAGAUAACAGAGUUGCAGAGUAUGACAACGGACUUUUAUACAAGACUGGCAAAGAGUCUGGAAGAGUUGUUGUUGAGGUCCAAUGGAUCAAGGUAUCGCGACCUGUCAAUGUUGGAGAGGCAACGAGCACAUGAAUACACAAAGAUAUGCAAUAAUAUCAAGAAGCUUGUACAGCCCAACCAUGGUGGACUGGCGGCACAUGGACAUGUUCAUUCACAACAACAAGGUCACGGAUCUCCCGGUGGCAGCAGGACACGCGUGACCAAGGAGUACAUUCAGACCACACUCGAGGAGAACAUGAAGAAGUGGAGCACUCUAUUGGACAACCUUCAAUUGGAAUCAAAGUUGAAUGAGCAGACAAUGGUGUCGAGCUCACUGCCAGACAAUGAGGCCAACAAUGCCAGAUUGAAUGGGUCAAUGUCACAAUCAUUUUCGUCGACGUCAUCGUCAUUGUUGUCCAAUCAUCAUAGUCAACAUCAUGGACAUCAACAACAACAUGGACACCAACAUCAUCACCAUCAUCAUCACAGGAGUGGUAGUAUAAGCAGCAGUCACAGUAGUAUCAGUAGCAGUAUGAGCAACAACACAAACAAUAGCAACAAAUGGAAGAUGGGCUUUGGAUUUAGAAGUCACGGAUUCAAGGCUGUAUGUAUACUUCAAGUUUGA